AUGUCUGUGGAAAACCAAACUUCUGCAACAGAUUUUUUCAUUGUGGGAUUUCCUGGACUUCAACAGAACUACUAUGGACUUGUAGGCACUGUCUUUUUCUUGGUCUAUUUCUUCACUUUAGUGGGAAAUGCAGCAUUUCUGGUACUGUUUACAACAGAUCGGAAUCUCCACAAACCCAUGUAUGUUCUCACCUUAAACCUUGCUGUGUCCGAUGUGCUGUUCAGUACCACCACUUUGCCAAAGAUCAUAGCCAAAUACUGGUUUCAGGCAGGAACCAUUUCAUUCACUGGCUGCUUUGUACAGAUGGCCUGUGUGCACUAUUUUGCAACAGUGAGCAGCUUCAUAUUAUUAAUAAUGGCUUUAGACAGAUAUAUAGCGAUUUGUUACCCAUUGAGAUAUCCAAAAAUCAUUACCAGUGAUAUAAUUUUAAUUCUUAGUAUCACUUCAUGGGUGCUUUCAAUUGCAAGCCCAAUAAUAGCAGUAAUUAGGGCAUAUCCCCAGUCUUACUGUACUUCUCACACAAUCAUUCAGUGUUUCUGUGAUCUCAUUUCGGUCACAGCUUUGGCAUGUGUUAAUCAGACUUCUCAGUCUUUCUCAGUUUUGGUUUACGCUAUGGUUGUACUAAUGGUCCCAUUUGUCUUUAUUUUAUUAACAUACUGCCGCAUCAUUGCGGCAGUGCUUCAAAUUGCUAACACCAAUGAGCGUCUGAAAAGCCUUUCAACCUGCAGCCCUCAGCUAGUCAUAGUAGCCCUCUACUUCCUCCCACGGUGUUUUGUGUACCUGGCUCAUAAUGUGGGUAUUAAAUUCAGUACAGAUGUGCGUAUUGCCAUCAUCGUGUUAUACAGUCUGCUCCCCCCUAUGGUGAACCCACUCAUUUACUGCUUAAGGACUAAAGAAGUGAAACAGAGUUUGAUCAAAGCAUUCAGAAGACAACAUGUUCGCAUUCAGAAAAUGAAUAUUGUUCUUACUCUUUCUAAAUAA